AGUACUUAAACCAGAAGAGAUGAGUAUAAAACUUCCAUAUGAAGCUCCUAUAUAUCAUGAAGACUUCCAUUUAAGUUUUUCACCAACAUGGCCUACACAUCCCCGCUUAGUUCUGUAGUCUCGUCAUUGCUUCUGAUUCUUGUGGCCUUUUGUUUGACUGCCCCACAAUCCACGAUCGUUCAAGGGCUGUCGAUCAGAGAAGCCACCGUGCAUGACCUCCAGCUAGCUUUCAAGCAAAACCAGCUCACUUCGAGAGAUCUUGUUGAGUUCUACCUAGACGAAACCCGUAGACUCAACCCGGUUGUCCAUGGGAUCAUAGAAAUCAACCCAGAUGCAUUGCUCCAAGCUGACAAGGCUGACCAAGAGCGCAAGGCUAAGAAGCCUGGAUCGCUUUGUGGUCUGCAUGGAAUUCCAGUUCUACUGAAAGAUAACAUUGGGACUAAGGAUAAGUUGAAUACUACAGCUGGAUCGUUCGCAUUGCUUGGCUCUGUUGUGCCACAUGAUGCGUUCGUGGUAAAGAGACUGAGGAGGGCUGGAGCUAUAAUUCUGGGAAAGGCUAGCUUGAGUGAAUGGGCCGAUUUCCGAUCUCUUACUGCUCCAGCGGGUUUGAGCGCCAGAGGUGGCCAGGGAAAGAACCCAUAUAUUUUAUCAGCAUCACCCUGUGGAUCCAGCAGCGGGCCAUCCAUAUCAGUUGCAACAAACUUAGCAGCAGUGUCAGUAGGAACCGAGACCGACGGUUCUAUCCUCUGUCCAGCUAGUUCUAACUCGGUUGUUGGAAUCAAACCAACAGUCGGCCUCACCAGUAGAGCAGGUGUCAUUCCAGUUUCCCCUAGACAGGACACGAUCGGGCCAAUCUGCAGGACAGUGACGGAUGCCGUAAUAGUUCUUGACACCAUUGUAGGGUUCGAUUACAAUGAUGUAGCCUCCAGAACAGCCUCAAAGUACAUUCCAUAUGGUGGCUAUAAACAAUUCCUCAAUGCAAAUGGGUUAAAGGGGAAGAGAUUAGGCAUUGUGAGGAGCCCUUUUUUCAGCUUCAUCAAUGAUUCAACCAUCACACAGGCUUUUGAGGAUCAUUUCAACACUCUAAGGCGAGGUGGUGCCAUCUUGAUAGACAAUCUGGAGAUAGCGAAUAUAGAUACAAUCUUGAACGCGACUGCAAGUGGGGAAGCAGUGGCGUUGCUCGCUGAAUUCAAACAAUCUUUGAAUGCGUACCUGAAAGAGCUGGUGGCUUCCCCUGUUCGAAGUUUGGGAGACAUAAUCGCCUUCGAUAACGCAGACCCAGAUCUGGAACUGCUCAAGGUUUUCGGCCAGGAGAUCUUUCUGGCGGCGGAAGCGACAAAUGGGAUUGGCGACGUCCAGAAGGCGGCGCUGUUGAAUUUGGCGAGGUUGACGAGAGAUGGGUUUGAGAAAUUGGUGAAGGAGAAGCGGUUGGACGCGGUGGUGACGCCGGGUUCCGGCAUAGCUCCGGUGCUCGCGAUUGGGGGUUUCCCCGGAAUCAGUGUUCCGGCGGGAUAUGACGGCGGAGGAGUUCCGUUCGGGAUUUGCUUCGGAGGGUUGAAGGGUUCGGAGGGGAAGCUGAUUGAGGUCGCAUAUGGGUUUGAGCGAGCCACUCUGAUUCGAAAGCCUCCUUCCUUCAAGCCUUGAACUUUGAAGCAAAGGCUAUGAAUCAGAAUUACUCUUUGAAUUCAAAUUAAUGGUUUUUUUUUUUCCUUUUUCCUUUUUCAAAUUCAUAUAUAUUGAACCAUCAAUAUAAGAUGUGAAACUACGAUCUCUGGUAUUCGAAUCUACACUUCACAUAUUUGUACUAUAAAGACAUAUAUAAUAUAAAGUUGGAGGUUCAA